AUGAGUUCAGUCUCGCAGGUCCCGUUCGAUAGCUACGUGCCGAAGGUUGCAAUCAUCACAGGCCGUGCACAGGGAAUUGGUUAUGCCAUCACUCAUAGAUUAGCGGAUGACGGCUUUGACGUCGCCGUCAACGAUAUACACGCAAAACAGAAAGAGAUAGACACCAUUGUCGAAGAGGUUCGCAAGAAAGGCCGACGUGCAAUUGCCGUCCCAGGUGAUGUAUCCUCUGAAACGGACGUCGCCGUUCUAGUCGAGAAUACGGUCCGCGACCUGGGGAGUGUAGACGUUAUGGUUGCAAAUGCCGGGGUCAUGCCUUUAGGUGGAAUCCUUGAAUUGCCUAUUGAGAAACUGGAAGCCACUCUCGCUAUCAAUGUCCGCGGAGUUUUCCUCUGUCUCAAGUAUGCGGGUUUGCAAAUGGUGAAGCAGGGACGUGGCGGAUUGAUAGCCGCGACUUCGACGGCAGGCAAACAAGGUGGGCCGAAUAUUGCAGCAUAUUCGGCUUCGAAAUUUGCGGUUCGUGGUCUGGUGCAGUCUGCUUCAAUUGAUCUACGUAAAUAUGGAAUCACGGUCAAUGCAUAUGGGGGUCCGCUUUUCGGUUGUACGACGCGGUCGUUCCCACGGUUUCAAAGUAAGUGA